CGUUGCUACCCCUCCAUGGAGACAAUCGAGGAACCGCGGCUCCCCCCUCUCUUGCCAAUCGCGAACAAUGAAAUCGUCCAACAGAAGCGGCACAGAAAGCUUCCGUUAGCUUCGUCUGUACUGUAAACGUCAGCGAAACGGAGCAGCUCUUAACCCCGCCAAAACGCAGCUUAAUCCGUCAUUGACUCUCCACAUCGAGGAGCCCGCACCCGCAAUGUACAUAUUAUUACCUCCACUUGACGUUUGAAGCAUAAUAAAUCCGAUGUCUUCCCACACUGCCAAAGCCGCGCGCUCCGCUUCCCAAGCUUUAUCUAGAUCGUCGUCCCUGAUUCCCAGACAACCUCACUUCCCCACCCCUGCGAUAGCUUCCCGAUCAACAACCACAACAACACUAAAGAGCUUUGCGAAUUGCUGCAGCUCAACCACAUCGACACCCCUUACACAACAACUUCACAAGUCGUUUUCGACACAAGCCGCCAAGAUGUCGACUAUGCCCGCUCAGCACGGUCACAGCGAAGGAUGCUGCAACAUCCCUCCUGUCGUCUCCAAGGGCUACGAUGCCAAGGGCAGCUACGAAGAGAUUGGAUCAAAGAAGACAUACGUCACCGGUCCCGCCGACGCAAAGAAGGCCAUCGUCGUCACUUUUGAUAUCUUUGGAUUCUUCCCCCAGACGCUCCAGGGAGCCGAUAUCCUGGCCACCAGCGGUGCUGAGAAGUACCGUGUCUUCAUUCCGGACUGGUUCGCUGGCGAGCCCUGCCCCAUCGAGUGGUUCCCUCCCGACACCGAGGAGAAGCAGAAGAACCUCGGCGGUUUCUUCCAGAAGUUCCCGCCUCCCAAGAUUGCCGAGCAGACCCCCGACUACGUCAAGGCUAUUCAGUCAAAGUACUCAUCCAUUGAGUCUUUUGCUACCAUUGGCUACUGCUGGGGCGGCAAGGUCGUUUCACUCGUGACCUCGGGUGACAAGAACCCCUUCAAGGUCGCUGCCGAGGUCCAUCCCGCCAUGGUCGAGCCCGAGGAUGCCAAGGGCAUCAAGAUCCCGCUCAUUAUGCUCGCUUCCAAGGACGAGCCCGAGGAGGAUGUCAAGAAGUUUGAGGCCAACCUCAACGUGACUAAGCACGUCGAGACUUUCAAGGACCAGAUUCACGGAUGGAUGGCUGCUCGCUCUGACCUGGAGGACUCCAGAGUCAAGGAGGAGUACACUCGUGGAUACAAGACAGUCCUUGAGUUCUUUGGAAAGAACUUCUAAGAUUGCGUGUAGAUAGUAAUAAUCACGAAUGGAUAACGAACUAUAAUAAGAGCAUAUUUCUACGUAGUGC